AUGUCGGACGACUCUUUCAUCCACGCUUGCGCCGGCGGUGUCGGCGGUAUGGUCGCCAUGACGGCCACCUACCCGUUGGUGGGCAUCUCGACGCGUGCUGCCGUCGAGUCGUCCAAGAACCCCGAGGAGCCGAUGAUCAAGGCCGCGCUCAAAAUCCUGCAGCAGGAGGGCGUCGCGGGUCUCUACGCCGGUCUUAGCUCCAGUCUGCUCGGUAUCGGUGUGACCAACUUCGUCUACUACUUCUUCUUCGAAAAGUGCCGCGAGACGAUCCUGCAGUCCAAGGCCAAAGUUGCUGCUGCUGCUGCGACCUCUGUCACCGCGACGAUCGCCAACGGGGGUGCACUGUCCACCUUCGAGUCGAUCCUGGCGGGUGUGAUCGCUGGUACGGCGACGACGGUCUCGACGAACCCGAUCUGGAUUGUCAACACGCGCCAGACCGUCCGAGUCGGCGUGACCGACAAGGCGCCUCAAUCCGCCGCUGCCAAGGCUGCUGCUGUCAAGCGUCUCGGGUUCCUGCAGACGAUGCAGAAGAUCGUGCGUGAAGAAGGCCCCUUGGCGCUGUGGAAGGGUCUCGGUCCCGCCCUUGUGCUGGUCAUCAACCCCGUUCUCCAGUACACCGCGUUUGAGCAGUUGAAGAACUGGGUGGUCAAGUCGCGCCUCGCUCGAGCUAACGGCGGCAAAGUCGCCCUCUCCGACUGGGACUUCUUCUGGCUCGGUGCCCUGUCGAAGCUCUUCGCCACCGGUCUCACCUACCCGCAGAUUGUGAUCAAGAGCCGACAGCACGCCGGAAGCAGCAAGGGCGCCAGCACCAACAUCUGGACCGCCAUGACCGAGAUCGUCAACCGGGAGGGUAUUGCGGGUCUGUACAGAGGCAUCACCAGCAAGUUGCUUCAAUCCGUGCUUACGGCCGCCAUCCUGUUCUUGGCCAAGGAGAGGGUGUUCAACAUUACAAAGGCGCUCAUGGCCCCCGCCGUCGCCGCCGCUCCCGUCAAGAAGUAG